AUGGCUUCUAGAGGGCAACCUCAACGUCCUAAUGGUAGUGGACAAUCUAAAAUAUGCCAAUUCAAGUUGGUUUUAUUAGGUGAAUCUGCUGUUGGCAAAUCAAGCUUAGUCUUGCGAUUUGUUAAAGGUCAAUUCCAGGAAUAUCAAGAAAGUACUAUAGGAGCUGCCUUCCUUACGCAGACGGUUUGUUUAGACGAUGUUACUGUCAAAUUUGAAAUUUGGGAUACAGCUGGACAAGAAAAUAUCUUUUUGAUACUUCCAUCAUUUUGUCGAUAUUUACGAUAUCAUAGCUUGGCCCCUAUGUACUAUCGUGGAGCUCAGACUGCAAUUGUUGUAUAUGAUAUAUCCAACGCGGAAUCAUUUCAACGUGCAAAAGCAUGGGUUAAGGAAUUACAACGUCAAGCUAGCCCUAACAUCGUAAUCGCAUUAGCUGGUAACAAGGCAGAUUUGGCUAAUAAAAGGAUGGUUGAUGCUGAUGAGGCACAGGUUUACGCUGAAGAAAAUGGGCUAUUGUUUAUGGAAACCUCCGCUAAAACUGCUAUGAAUGUAAACGAAAUAUUUUUAGCUAUCGCCAAAAAAUUACCAAAAUCUGAGCAAGGUGGUGGUGGCGCUGCUACUCAAGGUGGUGCGCGUGUUGUAGAUAUUAACAAACCUGCAAAUAAUUCUGGAGGAGGUGGUUGUUGUAAAUAA